UGGCGUGGCUUCUGGACUCUUAGGACACAUGCAGCACUGAAACAGCAUACCUUGAAAGUGACCCAAAGCAGCUUUAUCUUGGCCGGUCUGUUCAGGUCCUAAGCCUACAACCCUGCGAGGCGGCAGGAGAAUAUCAGUUAUGUCAGGCUUCAGGCAGAGGAUGGGUCCAGCCCCAGGGGCCAAGAUUUCGCCCGUCCCUCUGCCUCCACCGUGACUUUUGAGGAGGCAGAGAGUGGCAUUCCUCGCCUUCCAUGGUCCUCAGUGCAAGCUCUGGGUCUGGGGGAAAGCCCAGCCCUUUUUAGCCACAAGAAUAGGGAAUUCAUGAUCCAUAAUUAAGGCGCAUCUAAUCCAGAUAAUUCAACUCCUGCAAACUCAUACUCAAAGAGAUCCCUUUUAUAGAGACCACUGGGUCAAAGAGACAUUGCCCUGUUGGUCUGGAAGAUGCCAGGAUGCAAAGGGGCUUCGCAGCUCCUUUGAGACUAACUGGGCGAAGGAAGUUGCAGCCUGAGCUUUUGAAGACUGGGUCCACUUCCUCAGAUGCAGGGAGGGAAGAAGACCAAUCUGAGGAAGUAGACUUAGUUGUGGAACCUUUGGCCAAAACUUCUUUCUCUCCAGUUAGUCAUCUUUUUUUUGGAGCUGCAAACCUCAGGAGGCUGUAGUGAACAAAUGCAGCCACAGGAGGGCGCCAAAGAGCAAAGAACGAGGCUCUUUGGAGCCUUGUGGAGACCGAAAGCAGGAAGUGCCCCCUUUCCGCCACCAGAGGGCGCUCCAUAGGUUCACCAAUAAAAGGGUUUAGUUGGAUGGGGGUUAUGCCCAAAUGCGGCCGCAGGAGGGCGCCCGAGAGAAGGGAGUGACUGCUGCCAAUCUGGUGACUUUCACACCAAAAUGGAAAGGGCUUCAGGAAGCAGCCCAAAGCACCGCUGGAGAGCAUUUGUCUUGCUGGAGAAACCGCACAGGUAGCACUGGCCCUGGCUUGCAAAGGCUGGCAUGGCGAAGGUCUUCCUGGCCUUGGGUCUGGUCCUCUUCCUCGCCUCUCUGGGGGCCGUUUUCUGCCCAGGUGAGGAGACAGAUGUGGGGCAAGAGAUUGGUCGUCCGGGUGGAAGACUGAGCAGGUCUAAACGAAGCCCCGAUGGGCACAAACCCUGCCCUUGUCCAGGCACUCACGGACCCCAGAAACAGGAGCGCCAUCGAUGGGCAUGCCCUUGUGACGACAUCCCUUUGUCUGUGCCAGAACAACCUCGCCGCCGCCAUCAUCAUCAUCAUCAUGGUGGAAAAACCAAGAGGCAUCUCCAUCAUAAGAAGAAGCAAUGCCAGCGGUUCUUGAGACAUUGCCACCUGAGGCAGGUCAACAUCCCUCUUUAACCACCGCAAGUGAAUCCAUUUUUCUGUUUAAAGUCAACAAUAAACCAGCUCUUG